AUGGUGGUAACGAAGAGAAGCGGUGCUAAAGCUUGGCUCCUCUUCUUCCUAUUGCUGAUCCAAGGUGGCAAGUGCAUCAAGUGGCUGGCUCUCGGCCGUACUGGAGAUGGCUACACGUGGACGAGGGAGGCCUGUGCCAGCGCGAAAAGCUCCGGGCUUUUGGAGAGAAAGCAGGCAAGGGCGUGCAGAGCUACGCCUGACGUGAUGGCCAGCUUGGUGCAAGCGGCUAGGGAUACCUCGACGGUAUGCCAGCAAGCAUUUCGACAUCGUAGGUGGAAUUGCAGCAGCAUCGAGCGUGCGCCAGAUUAUACGCCUGAAUUACUUACCGGAACCAGGGAACAAGCGUUUGUGUACGCGAUGUCAGCUGCAGCUGCAGUUUGGAGGCUGGCAAGAGGAUGUGCACUAGGCAGUCUCGCAGCCUGUUCCUGCGCCACACCACCACGAAGAGAACCACCGUCACCAUCUGCCUUGAUUUCACCUUCUUCCUUCACCGCGACGUCCGUUUCUUUCGGUACACUGUCCGCCAGGAACUCGUUCAAAUGGGGAGGCUGCGGCGACGAUGUUCGAUCAGCGUCUCGGAUGGCCAAGAGGUUUCUUCAGGGCUCCACGCCUCCUGGUACAGGCGCAACCGCCAAGUUCAUGCACGCUGUUAACAUGCACAACAACCGGGCUGGUCGAAGGGCAGUGGAACAAUCGUUAACCCUGGAAUGCAAAUGUCACGGAGUGUCCGGAUCGUGCAGUGUGCGCACCUGUUGGAGAGGACUCGGUUCUUCAGGACCAGCGGCGGCAGGAAGUCGUUUGCUUCGAAGAUACACAAGCGCAGCGGAAGUUCGACCGAGAUCAGGAGGAAGGCUGCCACCCUUGUAUCAUCACGACAACCUGUUGUACACCACCAAAAGCCCGGACUAUUGUCUCGCGGACAAAAAGAGGGGAAGCCUUGGAACUGUUGGCAGGCAAUGCAACGGCAGCAGUACCGGGUACGAGGGCUGCGAGUAUCUCUGCUGCGGUCGCGGCCACGUGACGAAAACUGAAGAGAUAUUGGAAAGAUGCGACUGCAAGUACAUCAGCUGCUGUUACGUGAAGUGCAAGACGUGCAGGAAAAUCGUGAAGACCUACGAGUGCAAAUGA